AUGCCGCUCUUACAAGUGGAUUCCUUAGGAGACAUCCAUGCUGACUUGAAACCAGAGAACAUUCUUUUUGAAGAAGGUGAUGAAACCAAGAUAAAAGGUGUUGACUUUGGAAAUGCAAUUCACUGGGUUCAUAGAGAGGUUUCCUUGUAUGAGUUUGAACUACAAACUUUACUUUACAGAGCUCCUGAGCUCUGUGUCAAUUCUUUUAUUGUAAUGUUUGGUGUUCCUUUUGGCCCUGAGAUUGACAUUUGGUCUCUGGGAUGCAUUGUAGCUGAGUUGUAUAUAGGCAACCUUUAUUUCUGGGAGUAAAUAGGACUAAAGUGUUGCAAGAGUGUUUCAGUUGACUGCCCUGGAAGUGAAGAUGAAGACGACCCGGCUGUAGAAGGUGUUACUGGACUAGUGCCAGUUCUCGCCAUUGAGGAUGGUGAAUCUUUUACACACAUGUCACUCGAGAGAGAAACUGCUAUAAUCGCCGAAUACAAGAAAGCUCUUUUAUCUGCUGGCUAUGAUUCAAGUUCUGCUUCCAGUUUAGAUUCUGAAAAUGGUGGAAAAAAUGGUGCGUUUCAAAGUGACUUCUACUAUGAUCAUGAUGAUGGCAACCGACAUCCAGUAUAA